AAAUAAAUGAGCAUGCAAGUGGAGAAACCUCCUUCAGAAGCCUUAGGUCCAACCGAAGCUAAUGAGACAGAACAAGAGGCAAUAGAGAAACUUAAAAAUGCUGACUGGAAUUCUCCUGACAAGCACAAUGAGUCUUCUGAAAAUAAUUACUCUAUGGAAGGAACCAGGCAGAGGAACAUUGUGCAUCAGAAAAAAGGAGAUGCACCUCAUACCACUCAUAAUCGUAGCCAGAGGUCUAUAAGUCAGAAGACUCAAAAAAGAGUGAUACAGAAAUAGAGCAUUUCCUAUCAACAAGACCACCAUUGACGAUAUCAUUUACCCCGUUAUGACUAAGAAAGGGAUUAGGUUUCAAAAGAAACAGAAAAGGAGGCCAGACCCAAUGGCUGGAGUCUUAGUUAAGCCCAAGCAGGGUAAACUCCUUGAUGGUUUCCUGCUAUUAGAUUCAUGCAUGGUCAAGCUCCCACAUGAGGCAAUCAGAUCCAAACUUGUUGAUCAUAAUAUUCUUGAGGUUGUAGAAGAAGAUCUCUGAUAUUUUCAAAACCUAACAUUUUUAGAUGUAUCUGAUAACAGGAUUAAGAUAGAGCAGUUAGCUAAUUUAACAAACUUGGUGGAACUUUAUAUCCAGUUUAACCAGAUAAACUCUCUUAAUCUCACAGAAGGGAUGUUCCCUCAGCUUGAGAAGCUACACUUGAGCUAUAAUAACAUUCCAGCGAAUAACUUAAUUUCCUUGAGUUAUUUGCCUAAGCUAAAUCUACUAGACUUGGCAUCAAAUGACCUUGUGACCCUUCCUGAGAGCUUAUCCUUCCUUUCUACAGUAGAAGAGCUAAACUUGUCAUCUAAUCAGUUCAGCUCAGAUUCAACAUUGGUGAAACCUUCAAUACUGUUUAAAUCAAUUGGAAGCAUGCCGAAGCUAAAGAGGCUAAACUUAUCAAGGAACAAAUUUACCGGCUUUCAUUUUGAUGACUUGGAUCAGAACUCCUUCAAGGCCUUACAGGAGCUUGACUUCAGCUAUAACCUCGUGGAAGACCAGAACGAUCUCAUGUAUUGACAAAACUUAAAAAGUCUUCUGACUUUGGCUAUCACUGGCAACCCAUUUGCUCAAAGAGGUAGGGAAGAAUACGCAGAUCUGGAGCAUUGCUUGUCAGCAGAGCUUUCUGCUGUUAUUAUUAACAGGACUGAAAUGUCCAGCAAGCUUGCAAAGAGGCUCAGGAUCCGACCUCAGGAUGACGGAAUGAAGGCUCUGACUUAUCCAAAACCAGUUGCAUUAGCAACUCGGGAUGCUAAAGGAGGAGAUAACAAGAACAACCCAUUAAAGCAAGGCCUAUGGAAAGCAGAGAUGAACAAAUGGGAAGCUCUUCCAAUCUCAGAUAUACGUCCUAACACUAACCAAGAGAAUGAAAUUUUCCCAAAACAAACUGAUGGAAAGAAUGUCUUCACACCGCCUGAAGGAGACGUUAAAAUCGAACAAGAAGAAGAAGGCAACAACUUCUUCAUCACUGGUGAUAACACAGGGGCUUACCCUGAAGGGGCUCAGGAAGAAAAUAAGGAGCACCAAAAGAACAUCAUUAAGGAAGUCCACUCUGAAGAAAGUAUCGAUGAAGAAGAUCACAACCAAAUUCAAGAAGCCGAGAAAGCCGUCCAAGAUCGAAACAUGUUCGAAGAGGUCGAGGAAGUUGAAGAUGAAAACAUUGACUAUGGCAAAGCAAAAAUGGAUGAAUUUAAGAAGCAAGCUAUGGGCUUGCUCCUUAACCAAAGCGAAACUGAGUAUGAAACCCCACUCGAUCUUCCUGGCGCGUAUAAGGUCUUAAAGGGCAUUAUUAAGAAUCCUGUUAUUGUUCAUUCUAAGAGACCCAAUAAGGGGUAUAUGAAGCAGACAUUUGCUACCUCCAGACAUGCUGUCGCUGUGCAGGGAGAUGAGCAAAGGUUUCUAGAAUACAGCAAACUCUCUAAACAAUCUAAAAUUGAUCAGUCAAAAAUUAAAGAUUCCAAAGGAGAUGACCUGAAAUUGCCCCCAAUAUUGGCGAUUAAAGAUGGAGAGAGUGAUUACAGGGAGCCUAGCCUUCUUGAAAAACUAGAAGGCUUUGCUGGACAACCUCCUAAGAAGUUAACAAAGAAGCAAGAGAAGGUCAACGCAAAGGUAGAAGCUCUCCUUGAAGCUGAUAGGAACAGACAGAAGGAAGAAUCUCUUCUUAACGGAAAAGACCCAUCAAGGAUUGAUCCCAAGAAGAAACUAAGAGAAAAGUACGGAUUCAGCGAUUCAGAUGAUUAUUAACUAUUUUCUAUUCUCCUCACCCAA